AUCGCAAUUACACAUCAUGGGUUUGUUUUGGGCUGAUAAAUACCCAUCUCCCGCCACUUCUCCUGCUGGUAAUACCUCCUCAGGCCUCGCGAAAUGUCCUAUUGACCACUCCGCCUUUUCCGCCGGUCAAACAUGCCCUGUGAGGCCCAAAGAUUCAACUUCCUCUGCUGACGAAUUAUCGUCCUCCAUUUUGAAUCCUAUGAACAAUAUGCCAAUAGACAUCUCCACAGACAUGGCCCCUGGUCAGAAAAUACAUCUCUCUACAGAGAGAACAAUUUCCUCUAUUCCCAGGGGAGAAACUGCUUCCGAAGGUUUAUGGGAGUAUCCUUCUCCUCAGCAAAUGCUUAACGCAAUGUUAAGAAAAGGUAAAGGACAGGGAAUCGACGAAACGGCAGUGGAGUCGAUGGUGGAAAUCCACAACUUCUUGAACGAAGGUGCAUGGCAGCAAAUCUUGGAGUGGGAGGAUAUCCACACCAAGCAGACUAAAAUUGAACCUCGACUUCUCAAGUUUACAGGUAGACCUCAUGAUUUGUCACCCAGAGCUUCCACAUACUUGUGGUUGAGUAAGUUUUUUCCCAACACGUUCAACUCGAACCCACCGUUCGACCGGCAUGACUGGACAGUGCUACGGGCCACGGGAGAGUCUCCUCCAAAUGACUGGCGGAAGGUCAGAUACGUGAUUGACUAUUAUUCGGCUCCUGACGAUGAGGAAACGGGGAUGCCCUCGUUUGUGUUGGAUACACGUCCAGCGUUGGACUCGCCUGUGGAUGCGUACGAUCGAUUUGUGAGGUUGGCUCUGCCUUUGUGGAAGCAGGCCAUGGGAGACUUUAGCAAGUAGUUAGAAAUGUGUAUAUAUGUUAUUUAUGGAGACUAGAGACUGAGUAGUAAAGUGUGAAGCGGAUUCUAAAUUGGGUUUAUACUCUACUUUAACCU